AUGGACACCUCCACAAUAGUAGCAAUAGGGGUAGAUAUAGGAACAGGUUCAGUUAGAGUGUAUCACAAUGAAACUCUCACCUCGUUACCAAUUACCACUGAAAAUGAUAUAUACAUCACCCAAUCAUCAUUUGAAAUAUAUUCAAAACUAAUACAGUUAUUAAGUAGACCCCAAUUGGAUUGGAAUUUUGAUUCAAUAUGUAUAACUGCAACUUGUUCAAUGGUCGUAUUAUCCAAGAUAAUAAUAGACGAAGAAACAUAUCUAACACCAGUUAGUUUGAACAAAUCUCAUCCCAAUAGUGAUGUUUUAUUAUGGAUGGAUAAUUCUGCCACUUUGCAAUGUAAUCAAUUGAAUGAAUAUUUAAAAGUUGCUUACCAGAAUAUAUUGAAUCUUGUGGGAGGUCAAUUUGUUCCUGAAUUAGGAUUGCCUAAAUUAAAAAUGAUCAAUGACAACUUUGCUGAGGGUGAUAACAAUGAUAACUUUAGCAAAUCCGAUUUGGUAUGCUUUGAAUUAUAUGAUUGGAUAAGCUAUUUAUUAAAAGUGGGCGGGUUUCAAAAUAUCAAUGCAAGUGCUAAUGGCAAUGGCGAUGACAAAUUGAUAGUUCCUUAUAUCCCUUCGAAACCAUUUGAUUUUGGAGAUGCCAUAGAUGGAUCUAUUAAAGGGUGGCCACAUCAAUUUUUACAAGAUUUGGGUAUAACUGUUGAAAUUGGAAGAAGUGAAAGUAAUAUUGGGAAUAGACUAUUGCCAAUUGGCACCCCUAUUGGUAAAGUUAAUGACACAGAUAUAAUCAUAGGUCACGGUUGUAUCGAUUGUUACAGUGGAUUUAUGAAUAUGUAUCGGCUGUCACCAUCAGAGAAAAGCUCUACGUUAUCAACAAUGUUGAUGAUUGCUGGAACCUCUACAUGUUUCAUAUACUCCACUAUGACACCUACCAGAACCACAGAUGAGAAUUCAGCGCCACCUAAUUAUAUUCCAACAGUUUGGGGACCAGUAGAGAUUGGAAAAUCAGGACUUUAUUUAUAUGAAUUUGGCCAACCAGCUUCGGGUAAAUUAUUCGAGGAUUUCUUAACAAUUGGAUUUGACCAAUUAGAACAAGAGACUCAAAAUUUAGAGUUGAAACAUAAUAAAUCAAUUCACGAGUUGAUUAAAGGUUAUUUUUAUUACGGUGAUGUUUAUGGGAAUAGAAAUCCCUACGGUGACCCCAAAAUGUCACAAAUGAUCAUAGACAACAACAAUGACAUUUUACCUAGUGUUAUUUCUCCAAACAAUCAAAACAAAAAAUCGGGAAACGUAUUAUCACAAGUAAUCAAGUACAUUCUAAUACUUGAAUUUCUUGUGUUUCAAACAAAACAAUUGUUGGAACCAUUGUCAAAUGUCUCUCAAAUCAUUAUAAAUGGGUCGCAAAGUAAGAAUACCAGGUUUUUGAAAUUAUUAUCUACAGUUACAGGAUUACCAAUUAUAAUUGCUAAUCACGACGUUGCUCGAGGUGCUCAGUUGAUGGCAUUGAUUGGUAAACUAUGCUCAUUUGGUUGGCACUACGAUGAUGCGUUUGAUCAAGCAAUACAAAAUAAUAAUAACGACUAUCUUGGUAAUGAAAAUAGUAUUAAUAUUAGAGAAGAUUAUUACCAACUAUUAAUGACAAAGUAUGAGAUAUUCAAAGACAUGGCAAGUGCUCAACAAAGAUACCGUAAAUUAAUGGGUGAUGUUUAA